GCUGCUCUUCUUUCGCGUCUCUGUGGUAGCGCGGCCUCCGAGGCGGCAGCGGUUGAAGCGGCUGUGGUGGGGGCAACUGGCCCCAGCUCUCCUACUGGACCGAGAGGCUUGGGGCAUCCAGGGUUGCGAUGUCAGAGAAGAAGCAGCCGGUGGACUUGGGUCUCCUAGAGGAGGACGACGAGUUCGAGGAGUUCCCUGCGGAAGACUGGACUGGGUUAGAUGAAGAUGAAGAUGCGCAUGUCUGGGAGGAUAAUUGGGAUGAUGACAACGUAGAGGAUGACUUCUCCAAUCAGUUACGAGCUGAACUAGAGAAACAUGGUUAUAAGAUGGAGACCUCAUAGUACCCAGAAGAAGUGUUGAAACAACCUAAAAUUUAGAACUGUAUACUAAAUUCCAGGACAGAGAAUCGAGGAUGGAACACUUUAAAAAUGCUUAUUUCAUUACCUGCUUGGCUUUACUUUCGCUUUUGUAACACAAAAAAAUAAAU